AUGAGUGAAACUCCGUCCACUAACUUUUCAAUGAUUCAUGCAGCCUCUUCUGAAGGUCAAACUUCUUAUCCUCGCCACUUCAAUGUCACUCAACCAGUUGUGGCCAAAAGGAUUAGUUUCUAUAAGAGUGGAGACCCUCAGUUCAAUGGGAUCCAGAUGGUUGUCAAUCCCCGUUCCUUCAAGUCUUUUGAUGCCUUGCUUGACAACUUGUCUAAGAAGGUCCCAUUACCCUUUGGAGUCAGGAAUAUCAGCACCCCACGUGGUAUCCAUGGCAUCACAAAGCUGGAAGACCUAGAGGAUGGCAGGUCAUACAUCUGUUCCCACAAGAAGAAAAUAAAACCCAUUGACCUGGAGAAGGCUCGCCAGAAGCCCCUGCCCUGGCAGAGCAGUAGACCUGUCAGUGGUCAUCGCCAAGCUGCGCAAUUGGCCAGGGCGAAGGAGUUUAGCCUGACUCAUCAAGAGCUUCCUCUGGUGGUUCAGACACCCAGAAAGCUCUUAGUUUUCAAAAAUGGUGAACCAAAGACUAGGCAUGCCAUCAUUCUGAGUAGGAAGAUCACUCGGAACUUUGAAGCCUUUCUGGACUACCUGACUGAACUCAUGCAAUACCCAGUUGUGAAGCUGUACACCACAGAUGGAAGAAAGGUGCCCAGCCUACAGGCAGUUAUAUUGAGCUCUGGAGCUGUAGUGGCUGCAGGAAGAGAACCAUUUAAACCAGGAAAUUAUGACCUUCUGAAAUACCUGCUUCCUGGUCAAUUACCAAGGAUAUCUAAACGCAUAUACCCAAAAGGACAAACAAAACCAGAAAGCAGAAAAAAUGGUAAUUGGAAGGUGUCGAUAAUUACCAGUGAGUUGCCAGGUGCAGGAACCAGCUCCCAGAUUUAUAUUGUAUUAUAUGGACACCGCAGAAGUUCAGCACCUAUCUAUCUUUAUGGAACAGGUGGGGACCCAUUUCAAGAAGGCCGAGAAGAUAUCUUCACACUAAAGACUGGAGAUAUCGGGGAACUCUACAAGAUACGUAUUGGCCACAGCAAUUCUGGACUUUCUCCUGCCUGGCAUUGUAAAGAGAUAAAACUGCAGAACCUUUUCUCAGGGGAACAAUUUUAUAUCCCUGUUUGCCGCUGGUUGGCUCAAGAUCGAGAGGAUGGAGAAAUCUGUCGGGAAUUGCCCGUUUUUCAAAAAGGCCAGCCAAUCAUUCCAGUGACAGUGUAUGAGGUACGUGUGACCACAGGAGACUGGUGGAAUGCUGGGACAGAAUCAAGAGUCUACAUCUCUGUCUAUGGAGAGAAAGGAGAUACAGGCUCCAGGCAACUGUUUAGAUCAAAGAACCCCAAGAAAUUUUUAAAAGGACAAACUGACAUCUUCUCUCUUGAAGCAGUGAACCUUGGGUAUUUGUACAAGGUUGUUAUAGCACAUGAUGGACUUGGUUCAGGAAAUGGUUGGUUUCUUGAUGAUAUUGUGAUCAAAGAUCCUACCACAGAUCUGGAAUAUGCCUUCUUGUGUCACAGAUGGCUGGAUCAUGGAGAGGAUGAUGGGAAAAUUUUUAGAGAACUGUGUGCUAGUGAUAAUAGCACUUUUUUUGGGAGACAGAAGUUGGAACUUCAAAGAAAAGAAGCUUGGGCUGUUGAAAGCUGGAAACUGAAGAAAGGAAACAUUCUUCAGUUCUACAACCGACUUAGUGGAGGCUUUGUCCGUCUUCACCCUGAUGGCACUGUUGAUGCUCUUGGAGAAAAGACAGACAAAAAUGGACUUUUUGAUGUCAUUGUGAAAAGAAGAAACAUAUGCAUCUUUCAAAGUCAUCAGACAAGAAAUCUUUCUCUUGCCCUUGAUAUCUCUGGAAUGGCUACUGGAAUGCCAGAUGGUGGAGUUACAUGUGAGCUUCGAGUCCUCCAUCUGCCUAAUCGCUGUGCCAUUCUGGAAUCAGUCAUGGUCCCUGGUCUGACAGUUGCUUUCAAUAGUCAAGGCAAAGUAGCUGACGAAUCAACAAACAGCUAUGCAGGGCUCUCGAAAGAAUUUGUGAUAUAUGCUAAGGGUGUGUUCCACAACAGUGCAGUAAUUCUGCUCAAUACCAGCUUAUGCCAGGCUCUGACCCUCCAGUCUGAUGGGAGCUGCAGUGGAGCAGGAAAUCAAUCUGAAGAAUCCCACUGGAAAGUGCAUAAAAUCAGCUCUGGGGUUUGCAUGUUUGAAAGUGUGAAGAAUCCAAGAAUGUUUCUUAGGAUCAAGAAUGGCCACUGUGAUGGAAGAGGCACAGGAGAUCUCGACUGUCACUUUAAAAUUCAGAGGAACUUGGAAAAUGGAUCCAUAAGUCUGGAAUCAGUGAAAAGUAAAGGCCUGUUCAUUGGACUUCUGCCAGAUGGUCAGACAAAGCCAGUUCUUUAUACUAAAGACACAGGUGUUUUCUUCUAUCCACAAGUCAUUCAAUUUGGCAGGGAAAAACCAAUGGGAACAUCUGCAACAGCUAGCCAACAGGAAGAAAAGGCCAGAGAAUCUGGGAACCAGGCAGAAGCAGCAUCUCAGUACAUGGCCCACAGCCCAUCCCACUCUCUGGCCUCAACGGAAUUUCGAAACACCUCCACCAGUGACACAGUUCUUCUCUCAGAUGAUGAAUGGCAGGUGUUGGUGCUGACAGGAAAUACAGGGACUCAAGCCAAUGUCACCCUCUGGGUGUAUGGAGACAAAGGAGUUAUUGGACCACUACCUCUUGGCAAGGGCAGUAAGGAGCAGCUGUUCCUUCCAAGAAAGGAGAAUGAAUUUCAGGUUCAAAUACAGAACAUUGGCAAAAUAUACAAGAUCAGAAUAGGACAUGAUGCAACCAGUGAACAGCCUGAAUGGAGUUUACAAAUGGUGAAAAUGAAGCAUUUAAAGAGUGGGAAGACCCUCAAUUUUGCAGCAAACAAGUGUUUAUCUAGAAUCCAAGGAGAUGGAGACAUUGUCUGUGAGCUGCCUGUAGAAGAAGAUGGAAAAGCGUUGUUUCCAAUAGUGAGAUACCAUGUUUAUGUCUACACUGGCCAGUUGAAGGAAGCAGAAACCACAUCUGCAGUUUAUCUGUGUCUUUAUGGAGAAAGAGGUGACUCUGGUGUUAGACUUUUAUACAAAUCAGAUAAGCCAAUAAAAUUCCAAAGAGGUCAGAUUGAUAAGUUUCAAGUGGAAGCUGUAUCCCUUGGGAAGCUUCAGAAGGCUCUGUUGCUCUGCAAGGCCACUGACCAAUCAGAGUACUGGUAUUGUGAGAAAGUUAUCAUCAGGGAACCAAUGAAGGAAUCAGAGUCCAUAUUCAACUGUGAAAGGUGGCUUCCUUUUAUGUCCCAGGGCAUCAUUCACUCAGAAAUAGAACUUUAUCCUCAAGAAAUGCAAAUAAAGCAUCAGCCUAAAACGCAAGAGGAAGCAAAUGAAGGAGACUGGAAGAUAACUGUUGUCACAGGAGAUUUUGAGAAGGCUGGCACAACUGCUACAGUGUCUCUUUAUGCUUAUGGAGAAAAGAUGUCUUCAGGUCCCAUCAUUUUGGGGUCUGGGAAGCACCAGUUGUUUAACCCCAACAGUGCAGACAUAUUUAAGAUUAAUCUUAAAGAUAUUGGUGAAUUGUAUAAAAUACGCAUCGAACAUGACAAUAGUGGAAAAGAUCCUAGUUGGUAUUUGGAAGAAAUUAAACUUGAAGAAAUAGACACUGGGAAGGUGUUUUCACUCACAGUGGAUUGUUGGAUACCUGAGAAUGAAAAUGAUGGAGACACUUGCAAAGAAAUAGCUAUCAACCAGCCUUACAAGAAGCCCUUGCCAUUGGUGAUUUAUGAGAUUCAUGUCUACACUGGAUCAAAGCUGGGUGCUGAAACUGACUCUAAUGUGUUAAUCAACCUUAUUGGAACCAGGGGAGAUUCUGGGAAACGAAGGCUUCAUAAGUCUAUGAAUAACCAAGUCAAGUUUCAACAAGGACAGGUGGACAUCUUUGUCAUUAAGUCUGUGUCUCUUGGAGAACUGAAGAAAGUUCUGAUUAGUCAUGAUGGGACUGGUCCAGGCAAUGGAUGGUUUCUUGAGAAGAUUAUUAUUAAAUUUAAAGAGGAUAAAGAAGAUCAAGAAGUACUGUUCCCAUGUGACAGGUGGUUGGAUGAGUACCAGGAGGAUGGGAAGACUGAGAGGGAGCUGACUGCUGAAAGUAAGUAG